CCCUACAAACUGCAGGCCCUUUCCCCAGCCUCAGUUUGCAGCUGCCUCGGGCAGGGAGUUCCUCUGUCCCCAGACUGAGCCCGUGAGUGACCCCCUAGGUUCAGAGCCAGAGCCAUGCAGAGUCUCGGGGCCCUGCUUCUGCUGCUGACCGCCUGCCUGGCGGUGAGUGCCAACCCUGUGCCGACAGUGCCAGGCAACAUCCAAGUGCAGGAAAACUUCGACAUCUCUAGGUUCUACGGGAAAUGGUUCCACGUGGCCAUAGGCUCUACCUGCCCUUGGCUGAUGAGGUUCAAGGACAGGCUGGCCAUCAGCACGCUGACGCUGAGAGAGGGCGCGACGGAGAGGCAGCUCAGCACGGCCAGCACUCUUUGGCGAAAAGGCUUCUGUGAGGAGACCUCCGGGACUUAUGAGAAAGCAGACACUGAUGGAAAGUUCCUCUAUCAGAAACCUAAAUGGAACACCACCAUCGAAUCCUAUGUGGUGCACACCAACUAUGAUGAGUAUGCUAUUAUUCUGUCCAAGAAAUUAAGCCACCGCCACGGACUCACCAUUACUGCCAAGCUCUAUGGGCGGAGGCCGCAGCUUCGGGAAAGCCUGCUGGAGGAGUUCAGGCAGGUUGCUCUGGGUGUGGGCAUCCCCGAGAACUCUAUCUUCACAAUGGCUGACAAAGGAGAGUGUGUCCCUGGGGAGCAGGAAUCAGAGCCCACUUCACCCCCGAGAGCCCGGCGGGCUGUGCUGCCCCAGGAAGAGGAAGGAUCGGGGGCUGGGCAACUAGUAACUGAUUUAAAGAAGAAAGAAGAUUCUUGCCAGCUAGGCUACGCAGAAGGUCCUUGCUUGGGGAUGGUCAAGAGGUAUUUCUAUAACGGCUCAUCCAUGGCCUGUGAGACUUUCCAGUACGGUGGCUGCCUGGGCAAUGGCAACAACUUCGUCUCGGAGAAGGAGUGUCUACAGACCUGCCGAACUGUGGCGGCCUGCAAUCUCCCCAUAGUCCAUGGCCCCUGCCAAGGUUCCAUCCAGCUCUGGGCAUUUGAUGCUCUCCAGGGGAAGUGCAUCCUUUUCACCUAUGGGGGCUGCCAAGGCAACGGCAACAAGUUCUACUCGGAGAAGGAGUGCAAGGAGUACUGUGGUGUCCCUGGUGAUGGGGAUGAGGAACUGCUGCGCUUCUCCAACUGACCAGUCCAAGGCAAGAAGUCCACAGACCAGAGGGUGGCAGGGAGGCUGCGGGCCAGUGUCUAUCCCAGGGCUCCACAUGGGGCAGGCUGGGCCAAGAGACCUGGGUUCAAAUAAAAACCACACUGUAGGCUCCUGAAA